UGCAAGUCCGCACCUACAAGUGCUUCUUCUAAUUGUGCCCAAAUUUCUCUCCUCUUCUCACCACAUAACAACAUAACACAACUUCUUCCCAGUUCCCACAUUUUACCAACUUAAUAUGGCUUCCUUUGUUCUUGGGACUACUUUCCUUCCACUCUUUUAUUCUCAUGAUAAGUACAGCUGCUCCCCAAGUAUUUCAAAUAUAACCACCAAUCCACAAAGGAUGAACCAAGUGAUAGCUGCUGGAGGAGACAAUUUUUGUGAGGAGAUGAAUAGCACAAUGAUGAAGAAAAGCUACGAACCUAAUCAACAGUUGCGGAGAUCUCUAAACUUCUCAGGAGAGAAGCCAUCCACACCAGUAUUGGACACCAUUAACUACCCAAUACACAUGAAAAAUCUAUCCAUUCAGGAACUUGAGGAGCUAGCUGAUGAACUCCGUGAAGAGAUUGUUUAUACAUUGUCAAAGACUGGGGGGCAUUUAAGUUCAAGUUUAGGUGUGGCAGAGUUAACUGUGGCACUUCACCAUGUAUUCAACACUCCUCAAGACAAGAUCGUUUGGGACGUUGGUCAUCAGACCUAUGCUCAUAAGAUUUUAACGGGAAGAAGAUCCAAAAUGCACACAAUUCGACAAACUGGUGGACUUGCAGGAUUUCCCAAGAGAGAUGAGAGUCUUCACGAUGCCUUUGGUGUGGGUCACAGUUCUACUAGCAUUUCAGCUUCCUUAGGUAUGGCAGUUGCAAGAGACUUGAUUGGAAAGGAUAACCAUGUGAUUUCAGUGAUCGGCGACGGAGCCAUGACGGGUGGACAAGCGUACGAGGCAAUGAACAACGCUGGUUUUCUUGACACCAAUCUUAUUAUAAUCUUAAACGACAAUGAACAAGUUUCCCUUCCCACUGCAACCAUUGAUGGACCAGCUCCACCGGUUGGAGCUCUUAGUAGAGCCCUCGCCAGGCUAAAUACUAGUUCUAAGUUCCAUCAACUACGCGACCUCGCAAAGGGAAUCACGAAGCAAAUUGGAAGCCGAGCAUAUGAAUUUACAUCUAAAUUGGACUCCUACCUUAGAGGGAUGGUAGGUGGUGCUGGUGCAUGUUUAUUUGAAGAGCUUGGGUUAUUCUACAUUGGCCCAGUAGAUGGCCAUGACAUAGAAGACCUUGUGCACAUCCUGAAAAGUGUCAAGGGUAUGCCGACACUUGGACCUGUUCUCAUUCAUGUAAUCACUGAGAAAGGAAAAGGUUAUCAUCCAGCUGAAGUUGCUCCUGACAAGAUGCACGGUGUUGUGAAAUUUGAUCCUAAGUCAGGGAAGCAAUUGAAAUCCAAAGCUAGUACGCGGUCUUACACGCAGUAUUUUGCAGAAUCUUUGACAGCAGAAGCAGAAGUUGAUGAGAAAAUUGUUGCCAUCCAUGCUGCAAUGGGAGGGGGCACGGGGCUUAACUUGUUUCAAAAGCGCUUCCCCGAACGAUGUUUUGAUGUUGGGAUAGCAGAACAACAUGCUGUAACUUUUGCUGCAGGCCUAGCUGCUGAGGGCCUCAAACCCUUUUGCGCAAUUUACUCUUCCUUUCUACAAAGAGGUUAUGAUCAGGUAGCACAUGAUGUGGAUCUUCAAAAGCUUCCAGUUAGAUUUGCGUUAGACAGAGCUGGCUUAGUUGGUGCUGAUGGUCCAACUCACUGUGGAGCAUUUGACACAACAUUCAUGGCUUGUUUGCCAAACAUGGUGGUCAUGGCUCCAUCAGAUGAGACUGAAUUGAUGCACAUGAUAGCCACAGCUGCAGCCAUAGAUGAUAGGCCUAGUUGCUUUAGGUACCCAAGAGGGAAUGGCAUAGGUACCAUUCUUCCACCCAACAAUAAGGGCACGCCAUUGGAGGUCGGUAAAGGAAGGGUAUUAAAGGAGGGAAGUAGGGUUGCUCUUGUUGGUUAUGGAACAAUGGUCCAAAGUUGUAUGGAAGCAGCUAAGGUUCUUGAAGCUCAUGGCAUCUCAACAACUGUGGUUGAUGCAAGAUUUUGUAAGCCUCUAGAUGGAGAUUUGAUGAGGAGACUCGCUAGAGAGCAUGAGAUUCUUAUCACAGUUGAAGAGGGAUCCAUUGGAGGAUUUGGUUCUCAUGUUUCUCAUUUUCUAGGCUUGAAUGGUCUUCUAGAUGGUAAUCUCAAGUGGCGAGCCUUGACAUUGCCUGACAGAUAUAUAAACCAUGGGUCUCAGACAGAUCAAAUUCAAAUGGCAGGACUGAGUUCAAACCAUAUUGCAGUUACUGCUUUGUCAUUGACCAAUGUGCAUUGGGAUAGUCGUUUGCUUCUCAGCCUACAGAUAUGAAUCUUAACAGAAAUUGUGAGCUUGUGAUUCAAUUUUUAGGUGUCCCCUUAAUACAUGUACAUAAGUAGUAGUUAAAUCACAAAAAUUAUGGCAUUAAUUCAAUUAAAAUGCUGUGGUGUAAUUGUAAAAGUAGUUCUACAUCCUUUAUCACUGUGAGUUUUUGAUAACUAAACAGGUACUUAAGGAGGGAAGCAAAAAAGAAAAGUGAGGUGGGGGAACAAUAGUUGUUGCAAUUAAAAUAUGUUCUUUACAAUUGUGGAAACUUAUAAUAAGAAGUUUCAUUAAUUGAGAUAUCCACAGCAAGUUGUUAUGAGUGACUUAAGCAUCUUAAUGUUCUCACAGUGGUUAAGAGUUCUUCCAUUAUUCCAUAUUUCCAUAUCAAUUUGCUGAAUA